AUGUAUUCUGGCAUUGCUGAAAGCCCCUGGAAUAGGCAAAAUUCCCCCAGUAUUAAAAAAAAAAAGUUGGCUCUUCCUUUGGCGGCAGCUGUGGCUGGACAGGAGGACCCAGUGCGGUGGGAAAUUCACCAGGACUGGGCCAAUCGGAAGUACAUUGAGCUCAUCACCAGCAGCAUCAAGAAAAUUGCGUACUUUCUCAACUCAUUCAAUCUGUCUUGUCGUUCAAGACUCGCAACACUAAAUGAGAAACUGACAGCCCUUGAACGGAGAAUAGAGUACAUUGAAGCACGGGUGGCAAAAGGUGAGACCCUUCACCUAGAACUUUGCCAGGCUGCUUCUGGGAAGUUGCUUUAGAGAACCCAGGCCUCCGUGGGACAGGUCCCAGCAGCCUUCAACUCCUUCCUCUCUCCUUAAAGAACAGCAGGGCUUAUUCUUGGUUUUCUUUCUUCAAUCAUGUGGCCUUUGGUCUCUGCCAUGUACAUCUGACAGUAUGAUAUGGCACAUGGGGCAAAGUCUAGGGGAACUCUUGAAAACAUUAGGCAUUUUACCUUUUCAGUAACAUUUCAUGGAACUACUGGUAAAUGUAUUUGAGGUGCUCAGAGCCAAAAGACUGGGACUCUUUGUGAAGGUCCUCCCCACCUCUCAGUUUCUCCCGGACUCUCCUUACAGUUUUCAUUGCCUUUGCAUUGAUUCUAUAAACAGUCUUUGUCUCCUCCCCACCUU